AUGGUGGAGGAUGAACGGAGAAUGGGGAGGUGGGCACUUGAGGGCCGAGACAGCGGCAAAUAUUGAUUGGCCACUCAAGUACCUACGUGUGGCGCUAAACGACCGCUUUUUUCCUUCUUUUACUCGCUUUCUCGUCAUAUUUAGUAAUGAAGAAGUGAGAGGACAGGGAAUUCUUUAAAAGGAUGGUCAUUUUAAUCUGGGGAUGGGAAUUUUUGGAAAAUCCGCCAUCAUUCGAUAUAUCUGCAUGCCCUUAAAGAACACUUCAAAGUCAAAGAAAAUCCUCAAAAUCCAUUGAAGUAGCCUUUGAGCCCUUAUUUCUCGGGAGCUAGAGCAUUGGGUAUACAAUUACAGAUUAAUAUAAUCUUUUGGGUUAUUAAAGAAAAUUUUCUAAACCCUCGUUUGAAGGCUUAAGAAAGUUGACUGCUUUAAAAGGCUUUUAGAAUUUCCAAAGUUAUAUAUACAGCUUUGAAAUUUUUUUAAUAUCAGGUAGUUACGUAUAAAUUUAGAAGUUUCUCACUAAAAAAACUAAAAACUUUUACAGAGUAAGUGACUACGACUGAACUUUAUCUAGUCUUUUGAAAAAGAGUUUUCGGUUGCCUCGAAGGACGUAUAACAAUUUUCUUUUUUUCAAAAUAACAGUAAAAAAAUCGAUUUGCAGCAUAUCUCCGAAAGAAGAAACCCCGCCGGAGAUUGAGCCCGAACCUUCUUCGGAACAAGCUCCAUCCUUCGAAGUCGUCACCAACGAGUUCGACUCGCCUUCUGUUUCAACGUGAGAACAAAAGAAAACUUGAAACAAAAAUUGCGAUUUAAUCUGGACAAAAAAGAAGGAAAAGUGGCAUUUUUUAAUAAUUUUCGAGAAUGUAAGAUACUUAAUUUUUUUAAAAAAAUAAAUGAGCCACGUGGAUUAAAACCUAAUCAACAGACUCAAUAUGAGCCUCUUAUCAUAGAUUUUGGGAGGGAAAUAAUUUUUCGCUUUGUUUUCGACAUUCAGAAUGACAUGAACCAUAUUGAAGAAGAAAAACAUUUUGAGGGGACAUUUUUGAGAGAGCGAUAUAGUGCGAGACUUUUGCGACAUCGCAGCUUCGCGGAAUAGCUUUACUCGGGCUGCGAAAUAGUUCGAUAAUAUUUUGUUAACUACCUUUUUUUUCAAAGUUUUUUUCUCAAAACAAAUUUAAAAUUUUGUAAUAAGUUUCAAAAAGUGCAUUUUUUUUAUUCUUUUUUUUUCCCCCAUUUUCCCUUCCAAUGAUAGUAAUUCGAUUCUCUGAUUAUCUUCUUUUUUUAAGUUUUAAAUUGAAGAUACAUAAACAUUAUCUUUGAUGGAGUCUUCAUUUAUUUUCCCGGCUCAUUCGAACUAUUUCUCAAUUUUAGUCGUUUGAAUUUCAGUGUUCUAAUGUAUUUACCGGUUUCUCGACUUCUAUUUGAUGAGCUUAGCUUAAUAGUUUUAAUUGUCUACGUAGGGUUUGUUCAACGAUAUAAAGCAUGAUUUUCAGAUCCACUUCGAUGGUCGAUUCCGGGUUCGACGGCAGCACGAGGAAAGAAGAGCCGAAAAUGAAAGAAGCCCGGGUUUUCUUCCGGAACAAGACUCCGGAGAGCCAAAUUCCUGAAGAAGAACACAUUUGA